AAUUAACAACGAAGCAAUCCCUCUUUCGUUUUCAUCCCUCUCCCUUCAAUUCUCCGUCUUCCCAAUUCUUCGAAAGUUAAUUCACAGAGGGGGGGAAAACAUAUCACAAUUCAGAACCCAAACUCCUCACUCGAAUCGAUCCGUCGAUCUCUCCGAUGGCCACGAUCGGCAACAGCAAUCUCAAUGCCAAGCUCGUUUUGUUGGGGGAUAUGGGAGCGGGGAAGUCCAGCCUCGUGUUGCGAUUCGUUAAGGGCCAGUUCCUUGAAUUCCAGGAAUCGACAAUUGGAGCCGCGUUCUUCUCGCAGACGUUGGCGGUGAACGAUGCGACGGUGAAGUUCGAGAUUUGGGACACUGCGGGUCAAGAGAGGUACCAUAGCUUGGCGCCUAUGUAUUAUAGAGGAGCUGCUGCUGCUGUUAUUGUGUAUGAUAUUACUAGCGCGGAGUCGUUUGAGAGAGCUAAGAAGUGGGUGCAAGAGCUACAGAAGCAAGGUAAUCCAAACAUGGUUACUGCUCUUGCUGGAAAUAAAGCUGAUUUGGAAGAGAAAAGGAAGGUGGAAACUGAGGAAGCACGCAAGUAUGCUGAUGAAAAUGGUCUCUUUUUCAUGGAAACUUCUGCCAAGACAGCCAUAAACGUGAAUGACAUAUUUUAUGAAAUAGCGAGAAGGUUACCUCGUGCUCAGCCAGCUCAGCAACCAACAGGGAUGGUCCUCGACAGACCUGCUGAGCAAACACGAAGUUCAGCAUGCUGUUCUUCUUAGGAUACUUGUUCUUCGAAUACUUGAAUAGCAAGUUGAAUGGCUGGAGGACCUUGGUGUUGGUAAGUUGUGAAGUGAAAACUGGGAAGCUUUGUGUAAAUGCACUUCUCUGUUGUUUCUCUCUCUUUGUGGCGUUUGUAAAUGAGUAUGUACUUAUCUCAUAAUAAAUAUUUGUCUUUUGCUAUUACCAAAUUGUCUACGUCUUACCUAUAUACAUUUUUUAUGGUUGAGAUGUUAAAUGAAAGGAUGAUGUGUACUUAAUCUUCCUUCCAAUAGUCUGAAUGACCAAAAUUGUUUCAUUUGCUA